CUGGGGUGCGGAGUUUCGGAAGGCCAGAUGCCAAGGCCCGACUCCCCGAACUGAGUUAGCAGCGCCGGUUCAGUACGGGUGAGGCCAGGCGGUGGGGCCUGACCGAGAGAGCGGGAAAGGCGCAGGUGCUGAAGCGAUAACAGGAAAGAUGGCGGACGACCCGAGCGCAGCCGACAGAAACGUGGAGAUCUGGAAAAUCAAGAAGCUCAUCAAAAGCUUGGAAGCGGCGAGGGGAAAUGGCACCAGUAUGAUUUCCCUGAUUAUUCCACCCAAAGACCAGAUCUCACGAGUCGCAAAGAUGUUGGCAGAUGAAUUUGGCACAGCAUCUAACAUCAAAUCCAGAGUAAACCGAUUGUCUGUUCUUGGGGCCAUCACAUCCGUACAGCAGAGGCUUAAACUUUACAACAAAGUGCCACCAAAUGGUCUAGUCGUGUACUGUGGAACAAUCGUUACAGAAGAAGGCAAGGAAAAGAAGGUCAACAUAGACUUUGAACCCUUCAAACCCAUCAACACAUCUCUCUACCUAUGUGAUAACAAAUUUCAUACGGAGGCCCUUACUGCACUGCUAUCAGACGACAGUAAAUUUGGCUUCAUCGUGAUUGAUGGCAGCGGAGCCCUGUUUGGUACACUCCAGGGAAACACCCGAGAGGUGCUGCACAAAUUUACUGUUGACCUGCCGAAGAAGCACGGCAGAGGAGGCCAGUCUGCACUGCGAUUUGCUCGAUUGAGAAUGGAGAAGAGACACAACUAUGUACGGAAAGUUGCUGAGACAGCAGUCCAGCUGUUUGUUUCCAAUGACAAGGUCAACGUUGCCGGCAUGGUGUUAGCUGGGUCUGCAGAUUUCAAGACUGAACUUAGUCAGUCUGACAUGUUUGAUGCGAGAUUGCAAGCCAAGGUUCUGAAGUUAGUUGACAUCUCGUAUGGAGGCGAGAAUGGGUUCAACCAGGCCAUUGAGCUCUCGGCGGAGGUCCUGUCCAAUGUCAAGUUUAUUCAGGAAAAGAAACUAAUCGGGAGAUACUUUGAUGAGAUCAGCCAGGACACGGGCAAGUACUGCUUUGGAGUGGAGGAUACCCUGAAGGCUCUGGAGAUGGGCGCAGUGGAAAUUCUCAUUGUUUACGAAAACUUGGACAUCAUGCGCUAUGUUCUUCGCUGCCAUGGAACAGAGGAGGAGAAGGUGCUGUACCUGACACCAGAGCAAGAGAAGGACAAAUCCCAUUUCACAGACAAGGAGACCGGACAGGAGCACGAGCUGAUCGAGAGCAUGCCCCUGCUGGAGUGGUUUGCCAACAACUACAAAAAAUUUGGAGCCACGUUGGAAAUUGUGACGGACAAGUCGCAGGAGGGCUCGCAGUUUGUCAAAGGCUUUGGUGGGAUUGGAGGCAUCCUCCGAUACAGAGUUGAUUUCCAGGGAAUGGAGUACCAGGGAGAUGACGACGAGUUCUUCGAUUUGGAUGACUACUAGGUAGUCGAGAUCAGGCCUCGCGAUUCCCUCCCACAGACCGAGCAGAACAGAACUUAACGAGAGUCAAAAGCAAAGAUCCCUGCCUUAGAACACAAACAUUUCCCAUUGGAUAUUCCCGCCAUGUAGAUCUCCACGAUUGUAACGGUGUCGAUGCAGCAGCAAAUGCGCACUCUUACUACUGUCCCCCGUACAGCAACUCUGGACUUCAUUUCUCAGAUUCGUUUUUAUUUUUACUGCCUUUGGUUGCUGUUGUAUUUUAUGAAAGUCACAUUUUUUUACCUCUGUAUGUGGAGGCAAAGUGUAUUAAAUUUGAACUGCUAAAAAGAACCUGAAAUAGUCGGGCGUCCCAUUUCAUCAGCGGGCACUGGGUGGGGGUGUAGGCUCCGAUUAGGACCAAGGAUGGCAGUCUUAUGUAAAUAGGAUCAAGAGGACGAUGCCAGCUUUCUCUUCAUAGCAUUUUCACCGCACCGUGUGCCCCUGCGUAACUUAAGAUUAUCUUUAGGUGUUGGCACAGGUUUCGGUCAGCAAGCCGCGAGAUAAGUUACCCUACUAGUGCUUUGAGGUGCCGUCUGCCCCCCCAUGACACGCGCCGUCCCUCCACAGCCUCGCCGUCUUCAUCGUCACAUUUCCUUUUCAUUGCACUCUGCAGGUUGUCCCGAGAACCAGCAUGAGCUUGACGUUCGGCCUUUGUCAUUCUGCUGUCACUGUCGACAUUGUUAAUGUCCCACCAAGUGCACUUACCGUACAUGCAGGGCCAGGUCUGUGAGGAAUGGUGCGGGCGUCUCGCCCGGCGAGGGUCUGGCGGGACACACUCAUUUAAAAAUGCCGAGGCGUGGAUGGGUACGACCCUGAACAAACGUUGAAGCGAGCGAGCGAGUCAUUCCUUUCAUUCUGCUUUAAAGAAAUGAGUUCAGUGCCAGCCGAAGCGAGUCGCUGGCAUUUGUGUGGGCUGUUUAGCCGGCCAGUGGACACGACUGGUUUGACUGUGCUGUGAGCCAAUUUCCUGAUUUCAAUAAAGUUUUAUGAAACCGA